UACAUAAUUUGCAUGAAAAACAUGACCUUUAAACAUAGAUCUCAUAGAUCUUGGCCAGUCCACAGUGUUUCACAUUGAACUCAAUGCGGAUAAUUCUCUCAAGUUUCAAUUUCGGUUCUUCUAGUUACUUAAUUGGAAUCAUCUUUGUUUCUGGUUGUAUAAGAGUGAAAUUCCAGAUUCGGUGGUUUCUGGUAGUGAUCUAUGUCUGCUGAAUCUUCCUAAUGGCCUGCAACGAUGAAAACGAGCCUUUGCUAUCAGGAUUAGCGACUCCAAGAACUCAAAAGACUAAUGGGGAUAGACCUAAGAAGAGAAGGUUUCGACGAGUUAGGAGUGCUCCUUUUGCAGAUUUUGUUCCUACUGAUGGUAAUAGAGAAGCUGCACUUCCACGUUCCGGGUCCAUUUUCGGGAGACUUAAUCCGAGUCUUAAGAAGGUAGCUCUAUUUUUGACGUUAUACAUGGGUUUAGGCACCAUUUGCUUUUAUACAGCCAGGACCCAAAUCAAAGGGGACAAAACAAAUGGAAUUCUUGAUGCUCUUUAUUUUUGUGUUGUUACAAUGACCACUGUUGGAUAUGGAGACCUUGUUCCUAACAGCGACCUCGCAAAACUACUAGCCUGUGCCUUUGUCUUCACGGGAAUGGCUCUGGUCGGACUUGUACUGACCAAAGCUGCUGACUACUUGGCGGAGAAGCAAGAAAUAUUGCUGGUUAAAGCUUUACACAUGAAUCAAAAAGUUGGUGAACUUCAAGUUCUUAAGGAGAUUGAAACUAAUAGGGUGAAAUACAAGUUUUAUACAACACUAAUCAUUCUUGUUGUGCUUAUAUUAACCGGGACCAUCUUCCUAUAUGAAGUUGAGAAUUUAGGCCUAGUCGAUUCGUUCUACUGCGUUUGUUCUACCAUUACAACCUUGGGAUAUGGAGAUAAAAGCUUCUCAACCGAAGGAGGUCGUAUUUUUGCUGUGUUUUGGAUAUUAGCUAGCACUAUCUGCUUGGCUCAGUGUUUUCUCUAUGUUGCUGAGGUAAAUACAGAGAACAGACAAAGAGCACUGGUGAAAUGGGUUCUUAGUCGAAGAACAACAAAUGUAGAUUUGGAGGCUGCUGAUAUUGAUGAUGAUGGAGUUGUUGGAGCUGCUGAGUUUGUUCUAUUCAAACUUAAAGAAAUGGGGAAGAUUUGCCAACAAGAUAUCUCAGUUAUCAUGGAGGAAUUCGAGAAUCUAGAUGUUGACCAGUCCGGAACCUUGUCUGUAUCUGAUAUAUCUGAAGCUCAAUCUGUUGAAACUAGGAUGCCAUAGAAACACUACAUAGAAUGAAAUGUUACUAUUAGCCAACAACAACUAUUAGGAGGAAGUAGGCGAAUGAUCUUAAUCUUACGACUAUUAUCUAAACCUGUAAUACCAACUUUUAAUCAUUUAUAGAUCACUAUUUUGAGUUAUUGAA